CACACCAGGAUCUAACUUUGCUCCUCUGCUGUAAACUUUUACCGACACCGGGAUGAAAACGCAGAAACCCGGGAGCUGCGGACACAUUUGACCGUUUUCCUCUUUGGAGCUUUAUCCUCGUUUCGAACCCGGAAGUUGGAAAUCUCGUAUUUUUCAAACCCUCGCAUCUGGAGCCUGGGACGAUGAGGGGAUUCUUCUGAGCAACACAUCGCUCUUCGGAUCUGAGGACGAUGGCUUUGUAAAAACCUUCCUGUAAAUACUGCCAAAGAGAUCUAUUGAACCAUGGGUCCCCUCGCCACGCCCAAGAAAGGCCGGGAGGGAGGUUCUGUCGAUCCCUGGACGCCGACCUCCAACCUUAAAAUGCUCAUCAGUGCUGCUAGUCCCGACAUGAGGAACCGAGAGAAGGAGCUGUGCAUGGACCCCGACGGACGGGAAGGUCUCGACUCGGCACAGGACGCUGAAAACGGAGAGGAGUCUGACCGAAUGAUCAGCAGGAAAGAGAAGAGUUUGGGUUUGCUCUGUCACAAGUUCCUCGCCCGCUACCCAGAUUUCCCGAACCCCGCCCUCAACAACGACAUCUGCCUGGAUGACGUGGCCACGGAGCUCAGUGUGGAGCGCCGGCGCAUCUACGACAUCAUGAACGUGCUGGAGAGCCUGCACAUGGUGAGCCGCUCGGCCAAGAACCGCUACACGUGGCACGGCCGCUCCAAGCUGGCCCAGACGCUGGCCAUCCUGAAGCAGGUGGGCGAGGAGCAGCGCUACGGGCAGCAGAUGCAGCAGAUUCGGCAGCGCCUCCUGGAAGAGAAGGAGAACGAGGAGCUGCUGGAGCUGGAGAGCAGCGAGCAGGGCCAGAAGGAGCUCUUCUUCGUGGAGCUGCCGGGAGUGGAGUUCAAAGCAGCCUCUGUCAACAGCCGGAAGGACAAGUCUCUGCGGGUGAUGAGCCAGAAGUUUGUCAUGCUCUUCCUGGUGUCUUAUCCUCGCGUGGUCAGCCUGGACGUGGCUGCCAAGAUCCUGAUCGGAGAGGACCAGGGCGCCGAUCAAGACAAGAACAAGUUCAAGACCAAAGUGCGGCGGCUCUAUGACAUCGCUAACGUGCUGCGGAGCCUGAAGCUCAUCGAGAAGGUGCACGUGACAGAAGAGCGGGGGAGGAAACCCGCCUUCGAAUGGGUCGGCCCCGUAGAGUUCCCACAAGUCAAAGACCUGGGGAGCUCUACGAUUGAAUGUCCAAGCAGGAAGAAAAAUGUUCUGGAAUCACGUGCGUCUGUGGACAACUGUGCCAAAAAACUCUUUUCCUCACCGGGGACUAAACGCAGCUUCACCCGGCACCCCUCCCUCAUAAAGCUGGUGAAGAGCAUCCAGGACGACCGGCGCAAGAUCAACUCGGCGCCCAGCAGUCCUGUCAAGACCAACGAUUCAUCAAACAGCGACAUCCCGAACAAGAUGGCUCAACUUGCCGCCAUCUGUAAAAUCCAGCUCGACCAGGAGUCAACUGUGUCUGGAGGUAAAAAGCUUAAAGCUGCUGAGUCGGACGCUGCCGCAGCGAGACUCCAGCCGGCCUCCUCUCAUUCAGUGGAACCAGUUCAGGCACCGUUUUGGACUUCAACCCAGGAGCCUGGAGUCAACACUACACUCCACCUGACCCCCCACCCCCCCCGGUCGCUGCAGUCCGCAGGCGCCGUCGCUUACAUCCCCACGCAGUGCUCGCCCCUGAUCCCCGUCCUGUUUCCCCAGCAGCGGGGGGGCGGGCCCUACGCCGUGUAUCUACAGCCGUCCUCCCUCAGGCCGAACCCUCUGGCCAGGCCGCAGCCGACCAGCCUAGCCGUGCGCUCUAUGACCUUUGAGGAUAAAAGCGGACAGAGCCCGAAUGCGGCGUCUAGCAGCAAGACGCCAGGCGCCAGCCCCACGACGCUCAAACGGCUGCGUCCAGAUUCAGCUGUGCAGAGCAGCCCGUCCAAAGCCAAGAGGGCCGACCCAAACUUUAAGGACACCUCUCCGAAGCUGUGUGAGAUCCUGCAGGCCCGUCUGAAAGCCCGUCGUGGCGACCAGCUCCCCAGCCGGCCCUCGCCCCGCGUCCUGCACCUGGACCCGGAGUUUGUCAACACCCCCACUGGCGCUGGAGCCAAUCAGACGCUAGAGCAGAGCUUGGAGACCCUCCUGGACACAGAGGACAAGACUGUCAACUCUGACAGCGAGACGGGAUUGACCCCGGUCAGAGCGGUGCCUCUCACACCCGGACAACUACACACCGAGACUUUAGUCCCGGCCGGAUACCUGAUCCCGAUCUCCCAGCAGUCCCUCAUCAGCUACAAGGAAAGUAAAGCUUCAGGGGGAGAAAGCCACAGGACCUCAACCCCCACGUACAUUUACCAAACACCAACCGCAGGCUCCAGACCUGCCUCGGUCCAGGAGAUGACCCCCACCAGCCUGCGCCUCCACCGACCCGCUGCUGCCGACUCUCCGCGCCCCCCCCAGCAGGCUCACCACCUCCACAGCCCCAGUCCGGCCAUCCUCAACUUCACCCUGCAGAACCUGGGCCUGAUCUCCAGCCCGGGAAACGCCUUCGCUGCCCCUCAGACUCCGGAGCGAUGCAACUCCCUGUCCAGCCCCCUGUCGACUCCGCUGUCUCUGCAGCAGAGAGGCAUGGUCUUCAUCAAACCUGUGUCCCCUGUGCCUGCACACUCAGUGACGCUGUUCAGUCUACAACAGCCCCUGAUGACCACCCCCAAAGGGACCGCCCUCCCCCAGCACAGCUUCUUCCACACGCCGGUCCCCCUCUCGCCUCUGGCUGCCAUGGUGACCACAGCUGGACACGCGGCCUCCCAAACCGUUUACAUCCCUCAGAGGAAGCUGGACGUGGCGUCCGAGGAGUCGUGAAGGGAAACGCUCCGGUGUCUGUGUUGAUUACGUGUGUGAGUGCUGCGUCUGUGUGGUGGUCGGUUGGUGUUUUUAAUGUUAUUUGGUUUGUUGAGCGUGUUACAGUAUUCACUACCUCGGAGUAUUUCACAGCGGCCUUGGUUCUUAUCACAGUCAGACUGGGAGUGUGAUUUCAAACCAACUUCACCAGCAACACUCAUUGUGAUGGGGGGGAGGAUUUUCAUAAACUGAUGGACCAGAAUUAUAAUUUGUUUUAUUUUUUGUUGUAUUAAUUUUUCCUCAAAUUACCACGAGUAGUAAAAGUAAAAAGUAUAAAUAGCGCCACGCGCAGCUAGGACGGAUGUUUUGAACUGAAAAGACGAGUUUGAUUGACUGAUCAUUUUAAUAAGAUGACUUUACUCUUGCACAUAUGUACAUGUUAACUGUUGCCCCCUUUAAAAAAAAAUGAAAUUGUCAAUAGCGUGUGAAUACUUGAGACUAAUCAAACGAUUUGAUGAGUUUAAUUUAUAAGCAAAUGACUAAUUGUUUUUGAUGUCCUGCGAAAUGUAAA